AUGGAGCAGGACACACCUUACUUUGUGCCAAGUAGUUCAUAUCUGGCUGAUCAAGAACACUACGAGCUGCAGCAGCGCGUUGAAGCAGCUGCCAAUCAUGUUUUGAUGAACUACGAUCGCAUAAUGAAUCUGCCCGAUGUGCGUGUAGAUAUUGAGCCUGCUGAAGGUGUCUCUCGAGAACAAGGCCAGUCCUCGCAAAGCACGUCUGCAGAAGGUCGCGAGCAGGGAGCACGUUCCUCUCAAUCUAUGCGUGAAGCAGCUGAUAGAUUACGUGGCGAGUAUGCUCGACUUCAACAAACAAUCAACCAGAAUCAAGAUGCUCAAACUCUGUGUACAAUGGUCACAGCUAUCGUACCUUUCGUCCUGAUUUUUGUGCUGAAAAUGGUAUUUGAUAACUUUCUGUCCAUCUUCCGAGUUGUCACUGCAGUGGGAAGUUUCAUAACUAUCGAUUCAAGAGUCCAGCAACUGUUUUCAGCAGCACGACCAUCCAAAAGUCUGCGCAUAACAUCCAUACUGAUCUUUGUUGUCUUAUUCUAUUUCACAUCGGGUCUGUACAUCUACGAUGAUGGCUUUGAAUUGACUAAUGCACUGCUUCUUCAAUAUGCGGGUGUUGUUUAUCAUGGUUUUUCUUUUACUAUUUUUGUUCUGAUAAUCACCGACACUUUUGUGAAGAUGCUAGUAGCGGGUUCAAAAAUGAUCGUAUCAUUUUCUGGACUCAGUAUGGGAAUGAAAAGAAAAAUUAAUCAAUUUCUGGAAUACUCGUCUCAAAUGUACCGCUGUGUGAUACCUGUGCCACAAUGGCUACAUUAUUUUGUUGGAGCAGAAGUUGCUGGAUUCACCUUCUAUACAAAUAGCAUUCUAUUGUUUCUCUAUGCUAUCUUGAAGGUUCGCGAAUUAUGGGCUUUGGCUCAAUUGACGAUCAGAUGCGCAGCUCGAAUGGUCUAUUCGACUCCUUACGGGGUCACACCCACGCGAGAAGAGGUUGAGAAAGAAGCCAUGUGCUCCAUCUGUCAUGGGGACUUCACCACGCCCACAAAGUUGAGCUGUUCGCAUAUCUUCUGCGUUUCUUGCAUUGAUACUUGGCUUGAAAGUGAGAAUACAUGCCCAAUGUGUCGAGCUGUUGUUGAGAAAAAAGACAACUCAUGGAAAAGCGGAGCUACGAGUAAGGGGAUACGUCUUUGCUAGGGUUAACAGAGGCUUACAAAUGAGCUGACAAGAUUGUUGAAAUUGCCGUCUUUGAACCAUUUCUUCUGUUUGUUCUCUGGUCUUUCAUUGGUUACCUACGUUCUUUAUUGUAUGUUCUCGGCGCUAGUCUUAUGUAUUGAUUGUAUAGCUCAGUGCUUAGCAUGCGUUUGGUUUAUCGACUAUAAUGUUUGACAGCCUGUCGUUAACACGAAAAAUCUUAUGCAGAAGCCAUUUGACCUCUCGUGCUACUGCUUCGGAUCAGUACCUUAUUAUAAAUUUAGCGAUUUUCCUUCUUACAUCAUCGAGUUCUACCGGUGAAAUCAAGCAGUGACAAAUGAUGACUCACUCUUCAACCUCUCAGGUAGCUCCGUGCUGACACUGAGAAGUGGCAUGAGGCGUACGAAAUUAUGCUUUUGACUAAUAACAGUUAGUGAUAUUUUAGAGCAGAUCAUCGCUGC